UGUUGAGGAACCAGUGUAUGAUUUGCCUUAUGAUGAUGUUACUGAAGUUAAGGUUAAGGAAGUCAGGGAAAAGACUUAUGGAACUAAUAAACCCCUUGUUAAGAAAGACCCCCUCAAAGAUGAACCUCUUGGGAUUGGAUGAUGACGAUGACCUCUCCCCAGGGGAUUGGGAUGAUCUAGAAGAGGAGGCAGCUAGAUAUCACCAUGAUGAUGAUCUGGUCUUUACAGUGAAAAAGGGAUCCAAGGGAUCUAAAGCACGCCCAAUACCAGCCGCUCACAGAAAACUACUACCUCCAGUGGGUUUCGCAGGGGCCAUGGCUCAAGCUAGGGAGCAAGGUGACACUUCCUUCGUUUUCCCAGUGGUCUAUACAGGAGACAGUGAUGAUGAAGAUUCCCCCACAUGAGAACCAUUACCCCUAAAAACAUUAAAGGAAUUACAAGCUGCAAUACGAACCAUGGGGCCUUCGGCGCCCUACACUAUACAGAUAGUGGACAUGGUGGCCAGCCAAUGGUUAACUCCGCAUGACUGGCACCAGACUGCCAAAGCAACUCUCUCCCCGGGGGAUUAUAUCCUCUGGAGGACAGAAUAUGAAGAAAAGAGCAAAGAAACUGUACAAAAAUCCUCAGGAAAAAGGGGGCCCGAGGUAACUUUAGAGAUGAUGCUGGGGACAGGAGCAUUUGUUGCCCCUGCUUCUCAGGUAAAAAUACCCAAGUUUAUCCUAAAAGAGGUUACUACCAACGCUGUUUUGGCCUGGAGAGCAAUCCCGCCUCCCGGGUCAAAAAAGACUGUCUUGGCAGGAAUAAAACAAGGAAAUGAGGAAUCUUAUGAGACCUUUGUCUCUAGACUGGAGGAAGCUAUCCACAGAAUGAUGCCCCCAGGAGAAGGGGCUAAAAUGCUCUUAAAGCAAUUGGCAUGGGAAAAUGCUAAUUCACUAUGCCAGGAUCUUAUAAGAUCAGUGAGAAAAACGGGAAGUAUACAGGACUAUGUCAAGGCCUGCAUAGAUGCCUCUCCUACAGUGGUACAGGGGAUGGCCUAUGCUGCUGCCAUGAGAGGACAGAAGUACGAAGCCUUUGUUAAACAAACAUAUGGAGGAAACAAUGCUAGGGACAACUCUGGCCCCACUUGUUACUCAUGUGGAGAAGAUGCCGAAUCACCAAUUUGGGUCCCAGACAGACUCAUCAGGCCAGGCAAAGGAAACGGACAUCCGUCCCCCAUGCCGAAAGAGGCCGAACCGCCAGAUAAUGCGGAACCUGGCCAAAAAGAUCAAGGCGACUCGCCUAGAGCCAAAAACAAAAACACGCCAGACGCCGACGUGGACACAGCUUAA